UUGAAACGCCUGGCCGCAUAGGUGCAGACCUUUGUCUUGGAGGCGUGUUGACAGGGGGGGCAUUGAUUGGUCAUGGCAUUGUAUGAGAGUUUGGAGAGCGACGUGGCGUCGUUCUUCGUGGCCCAAGGGUCGCUGAUCGAGUCGCUCGUUCACAGCUUGUGUUUACGCGUGGCUACGAUCGAAGCCAAAGGCCAAGCCCAGUCGUGUGGUAGUCCCGAUCUGAGCCACGUCGCCGCUAUGAUCGAUACCUCGGCGCAGCAAUGUUUGGCCUACGUCGACGAAAAGGUUGCCACGUUGCACUACAAGCUAGAAGGCAUGGACGCUGAGUUCGACAGAAUUAACCGAGCGCUCGAGACGAUGUUUCAAUCGCUGGGCCAGCUCAAGCACCAUCAAUUGGAGGCACAACGACAAUACGACGCCGCGGUGGACGACAUGACGCGGCAGUGCCGAGACCUGCAUGCCCACGUCAAAGCUGUCCAGACGACCGUGCCCGACAUGGGGGAGCUCGAGAUCGUAUGGCGAGACCGGGUGCUUUGUGGUCUGACCCAGGAGCAGCUCUUGGGUCUAGCGAAAGACUUGACCGACCUCAGUCACGUGUCCGAGUGCCACGUCAUGGCCCUCGCCACACGGCAUGCGAUUCAACAAAUCUUGGACGCCAAAGCCGGGGGCUCGGCGCCGCCACUCGGGGCCAUGAUGGAUUUGGAGCGAGGAUUGGACGCGCUCCCUGCGCUCGUUCAGGCGACGGCAUCGAACCCCGAGACGACAACGGGUCUUGAAGUACUCGCACACGCAAUGACCAUGUUACCGGGGUACUCUAAUUUGGUCAAGUGGGGAGUGUGGUCGUCUAUGCACAGUAGUAUGGGCCACCAAUCUGCACAGUUAAUCGAGCAAUCCUUGGCAACGAUGGGCUUGACACACGAAGUGUUGCGGUCGCAGGUGGAGCACGUGCAAAAUGAAUUGGAGCGGCAUGCAUACCUCGAACAUCAACUGGAGAUGCAGCUCGCAGCAUGUCCCCGUCAAGAAGAAAUGCUAGAUCAACUCAGUCAGUUGCAGGCCAAGCUUCAAAAUGACUUGUCCACUGACGCGGCACUUGCGUCGAUGGAAGAGUUGAGGUCGGCGUUUCAACGCUUGCCGAAUUCGGACGUGAUUCAAUCGAUUGUACGAACACUCGAAACGAAAGCGGACAAGUCCGAGAUGCGACGACUCGAGCAGAACCAACAAACGGAUGACGUCAUCCACCUUGGACUGACCAAAGCGUCUCUGAAAUGCCUCUCGUGUGACCAAUACUUACCCAAACAUUACCACUACGCAACAACCACCACGGAAUCCUGUGGGGGCUUGAAGCCCCCUCCCCUCGUCUCGCCACGCCAAACGCUUAAGCCACUAGAUCCUGCCAAACGAUGUACGCAACCACGCCCGAAAAGCUCGCAUUUGCACGGAGCGUCCAAACCAGCACCGGUGCAUUUUGUGCAGGAUAUUGCAGCGAAAUUAGGUGCCACCGUGGAUGCAAAACGAGAUCGGGAAAAGGCACUUCCCAAGCACCAGAUACAACAUCACUCCCACCCGAGUCUUGCGACAUCGGCAACCACGAGUCACAGCACGAUGCCACGCACAGUAACUUUGGCGUUUCAGUUCCCCGCCGUGCCUCCCAUUGCCACGGGACCGGAGCCGUUGUCAGACAAGAAGAAGUAUUCAUUUUACUCAGCCACCGACACGUACAUUGCCCCAAACCAGUGAGCACGUUAACCUUGAACGAAUAAUGCGAUGGUUCAACCCAACACCAAGUUGUGAAUAACGUUACUGGUAGAACAACUGUAUUUCUCGGAGUAAUAUACUGUAACGUUA